AUGUCAUCGUUAGCUGAAAUUAUCGGCUAUAUUAUGGUGCCAAUUCAAAUGAUCGGCGAGGUGAUCAAAGCGAUUUGGUUCAAUGUUUUUGAUGGACACUUUUUACCGUGCAAGGAUCUACGUGGAAAGAAAGUCUUGCUGACGGGCGGAGCGAUGGGUUUGGGACGAGAGAUGUGUUCGGUGUUGGCAAGAAAAGGAGUUGAUCUCAUCAUUUGGGAUAUCGAUGAGAAAGGAGCUGAAGAGACGGCAAGAAUGGUCAGAACAAAUGGCGUCAAGGUAUCCGUGCGAAAAGUGGACCUCUCAAGUCGAACCGAUAUUGAUCAAGCCGCCAAAGAGUUUAAAGAAACAAUCGGAGAGCCAGAUAUAAUUAUCAAUAAUGCCGGAAUCGCUCAACAAAAAUAUUUCACCGAAAAGAAGGAUCAUUUGAUCGAAGCAACCAUUCGCGUCAAUCUACUCUCGCAUUUUUGGAUAGCUCGAGCCUUUUUGCCGUCAAUGCUUCGCCGAGAUUCGGGACAUAUUUGUUCGAUCGCGUCGGCUGCUGGAUUGUUUGGGUGUUCAGGAAUGUCCGACUACAGUGCCUCGAAAUCGGGAGCGAUCGCUUUCCAAGAAGCACUCGAAGUUGAGUGCAAAGUGUUGGGAAAAAAUGGAGUGAAAUUCACGACAGUUUGCCCUGGAUAUAUCGCAACAAGACUCACGUCAGCCGAAAAUCUACCAGCCGCUCAAACGAAAGAGUUGAUGAAUCCCACAUUGGUUGCCACAAGAGUCAUUCGAGCGAUCGAACAAGAGCAAGGACUUCUGGCUGUUCCCGCUAUCUUCUAUUUCUUAUCGGGAAUUAAAGGCAUCCUUCCUCGCAAUCUCUACCAGCGACUUCUCGUUCAACUCCUCUGGAAAGAUCAACAAGAAGAGAAUACACUUUUUGGCUACAAUCGUGUUGUCCCGAAGACGCCGAUGACACCGGGUGUGAACGGUUUCAACAAUAAUGCCUCAAAGAAUUUU